GUCAACACGAAUCCCUGGUAUAAUCAUAAUGACGUGGUGAACUCUGGCAAAAAGAAAAAAAUUAAUUUUGCCGACAAAUCUUUAGUGUAAUUUAAUUAGUUUAUAUCUACACAAAUACCCAAAGGACUAGAAAUUAUUUAAAGGCUUUAUAAACAGACUCAACCCUCCAACCACGGCAACAACAAUCAUCAGACACUUCAGAGAAGACAAGAAGAAGAGAACAGAACAGGGCAAAGCAAAACUAAAGCAGACCUAAAUUCGGUGUCAACGUCAAAGUCAACAAAAAACUCAAAGAACAGAAAGAGGGUCUGAAUUUCGAUUGGAUGGUAAGAGGCGACAAAAGACAGAGGUGGCGGCGACAAAAUGAUGAAUGAAGACAGUAGCAGUGCCACGACAUCGUCCGGCGGUGGCAUCAAAAAGUUCUUUCAACGAUUAUCACAGAUCUAUCAAUCCAACCUCGAUCGCUCCACGCCACACACUCGCCUGCGUUGGGGCUUUGCGGGAUUCCUGCUCCUGCUCUUUGUUUUACGUAUUUUCCUGUAUCACGGCUGGUAUAUUGUGUGCUAUGCCCUGGGCAUAUAUCAUCUGAAUUUGUUUAUUGCGUUCCUAACGCCGAAAAUUGAUCCUGAAUUCGAUCCCUAUUCCCAGGAUGAUGAGGAUGAGGGCCCAAAUUUGCCUACACGUAGCAAUGAGGAAUUUCGUCCAUUUAUUCGACGAUUGCCCGAAUUCAAAUUCUGGUUAUCGGUGACAAAAAGUACGUUAAUUGGCCUGAUAUGCACAUUCUUUGAAUUCUUCAAUGUGCCCGUAUUUUGGCCCAUUCUGGUGAUGUAUUUCAUCACAUUGUUCUGCAUUACGAUGAAGCGACAGAUUAAGCAUAUGAUUAAGUACAAGUAUUUGCCAUUUACUCGGAAUAAGCCACGCUAUCAGAAGGUUGUCAAUCCGGCUGGAGCGGCAGGACCCAACUCAGUGGGGGCGAACUCGAAGUGACAAUUAGCCGCACAGACGCCAGAGAAGCAAGCGGGAGCAACAUUAGCAACUAGCGACAACGCAGCGACCCAGGAUGUUGGGUCACCAAUAAAGGAUAAUAAUAAAGGAGUAGAAAAAGCAACAACAACGGCAACGGCGGCGGGGACAGCAGCAUCUGCAGCUUCUAUAAAACCACCGCAAAUUAUAGCAAUUGAGGAUUACUAGCCAACUAGAAACCCAAAAGAAUGACAAAGAAAGAAACAACAAUAUAUAUUAUUUUGGUUUGCUUUAGUUUUUUCUGCCCUAUUUUCGUAUUUAUUGAGUUGUCGUCGCGGCGUCUUGUGCAAAAAGUAAAUGAAAACCAACAAAAAAACAAAACAAAACUGCAACACGAUGAAAACACAUAUAAUUUGUUAAUUGUUUAACUUAUGUAAUUUACAAAUGGAAUUCAGUUUAUGGUAAACAUUUCAGUUCUUAAUUUAAAUCCUAACUUUUAACAUUUAUUAUUUUACUAUAAUUUUGUUUUCCAAAUAAUAGAUGCUAAAAACAAAAACAAAAAAAAACAAAAUCAAUAUACAAUAGAAUGCAAUACCUUAUACAUUUAUAGGUAUGUAAGCAAGUAAAAAACAAAAAAACAAAGAAAAACAAAUAUAUAUUUUGCAUUAUUAAUUAUUUUAGUAAUUUUUGUUAGCUUUAAAUUUAAACUAUAUUGAAGUGUUAAAAAAAAAAACAAACGAACAGAAAAACAGAUGGGGAAACUUAUAUGACUAAGAAGAAGUGUAAACAGUGGUGCGUCAAAUGAAUAAAGGAGCCUAAGAAAGUGAAAAAAAA